AAGGGGGCGGCCGAGGGAGGGGAAGUGAGUUUGUGCGCGCGGCGCGCGUGCAGGGGCGGGCGGCGGGGGGCGGGCUCGCGCGCUCCCCUCCUCCCCAGCCCGCUCCUCUCCCGGCUCGCCAACUCCGGGCCCCAGCGGCGGGCGGGCGCACGGCGGGCGGACAGCAUGCUGAGCCUCCUCGUCUGGAUCCUCACUCUCUCCGACACUUUCUCUCAAGGUACCCAGACCCGCUUCAGCCAAGAGCCAGCCGACCAGACCGUGGUGGCCGGGCAGCGUGCCGUGCUGCCCUGUGUGCUGCUCAACUACUCCGGGAUCGUGCAAUGGACCAAGGACGGACUGGCCCUGGGCAUGGGCCAGGGCCUCAAAGCCUGGCCGCGGUACCGGGUUGUGGGCUCUGCCGACUCCGGGCAGUACAACCUGGAGAUCACAGACGCCGAGCUGUCUGACGACGCUGCCUACGAGUGCCAGGCCACGGAGGCCGCCCUGCGCUCCCGGAGGGCCAAGCUCACCGUGCUCAUCCCGCCGGAGGACACCAGGAUCGACGGAGGCCCUGUGAUCCUGCUGCAGGCAGGCACUCCCCACAACCUCACCUGCCGCGCUUUCAACGCCAAGCCUGCCGCCACCAUCAUCUGGUUCCGGGACGGGACGCAGCAGGAAGGUGCCGUGGCCAGCACGGAGCUGCUCAAGGAUGGGAAGAGGGAGACAACCGUCAGCCAGCUGCUCAUUAACCCCACAGACCUGGACAUCGGACGCGUCUUCACGUGCCGCAGUGUGAACGAGGCCAUCCCAAGCGGCAAGGAGACGUCCAUUGAGCUCGACGUGCACCAUCCUCCUACUGUGACCCUGUCCAUUGAGCCACAGACAGUGCAGGAGGGCGAGCGCGUCGUCUUCACGUGCCAGGCUACUGCCAACCCCGAGAUCCUGGGCUACAGGUGGGCCAAGGGGGGCUUCCUGAUUGAGGACGCCCAUGAGAGUCGCUAUGAGACCAAUGUGGAUUACUCCUUCUUUACGGAGCCUGUGUCCUGCGAGGUUCACAACAAAGUGGGGAGCACCAACGUCAGCACUUUAGUGAACGUCCACUUUGCCCCCCGCAUUGUAGUGGACCCCAAGCCUACGACGACAGACAUUGGGUCUGACGUGACCCUCACCUGUGUCUGGGUUGGGAAUCCCCCUCUCACCCUCACCUGGACCAAGAAGGACUCCAACAUGGGGCCCAGGCCUCCUGGCUCCCCACCCGAGGCUGCUCUCUCUGCCCAGGUCCUGAGUAACAGUAACCAGCUGCUGCUGAAGUCUGUGACCCAGGCUGAUGCGGGCACCUACACCUGCCGGGCCAUCGUGCCUCGCAUCGGGGUGGCUGAGCGGGAGGUACCGCUGUAUGUGAACGGUCCCCCCAUCAUCUCCAGCGAGGCCGUGCAGUACGCUGUUAGAGGUGAUGGUGGCAAAGUGGAGUGUUUCAUCGGGAGCACCCCACCCCCAGACCGCAUCGCUUGGGCGUGGAAGGAGAACUUCCUGGAGGUGGGGACCCUGGAGCGCUAUACGGUGGAGAGAACCAACUCAGGCAGCGGCGUGCUGUCCACACUCACCAUCAACAACGUCAUGGAGGCCGACUUCCAGACACAUUACAACUGCACUGCCUGGAACAGCUUCGGGCCGGGCACGGCCAUCAUCCAGCUGGAAGAGCGAGAGGUGCUCCCCGUGGGCAUCAUCGCGGGGGCCACCAUCGGCGCGGGCAUCCUGCUCAUCUUCUUCAUCAUCGCCUUGGUGUUCUUCCUCUACCGGCGCCGCAAAGGCAGUCGCAAGGACGUGACCCUGAGGAAGCUGGACAUCAAGGUGGAGACAGUGAACCGAGAGCCCCUCACGAUGCAUUCUGACCGCGAGGACGACACUGCCAGCGUCUCCACGGCCACCCGGGUCAUGAAGGCCAUCUACUCGUCCUUUAAGGAUGAUGUGGAUCUAAAGCAGGACCUGCGCUGUGACACCAUCGACACCCGGGAGGAGUACGAGAUGAAGGACCCCACCAAUGGCUACUACAACGUGCGUGCCCAUGAAGACCGGCCGUCCUCCAGGGCCGUGCUCUAUGCUGACUACCGUGCCCCUGGCCCUGCCCGCUUUGAUGGCCGCCCCUCAUCCCGGCUCUCCCACUCCAGUGGCUAUGCCCAACUCAACACCUAUAGCCGGGCACCCGCCUCUGACUACGGCCCUGAGCCCACCCCUGCCGGCCCUGCCGCCCCAGCUGGCACCGACACAACCAGCCAGCUGUCCUAUGAGAACUAUGAGAAGUUCAACUCCCACCCAUUCCCUGGGGCAGCCGGGUACCCCACCUACCGGCUGGGCUACCCUCAGGCUCCCCCCUCUGGCUUGGAGCGGACCCCGUAUGAGGCGUACGACCCCAUUGGCAAGUACGCCACGGCCACUCGGUUCUCCUACACCUCCCAGCAUUCGGACUACGGCCAGCGAUUCCAGCAGCGCAUGCAGACUCACGUGUAGGGACCCUGAGCCUGGCUGGGGCAUCUCUGCGGGGCAGAGGAGGCCUUCACAGCUGUUCCCUGAUAUUCAGGGGCGUUGCUCGUCACUCCCUGCUCGGACCAGCCUUCCUCCUCCCGCGUGGCAGGUGGGGAGCAGGUCUCCCAGCAACACCACAUCCUGAGGAUGGUGCUCUGUGCUUGCCCUGGCCUCCCAGGCCUGCUCUUCCCUCUUCUUGGGAGGAAGUGUUUCUUCUGACCUGUGCUCUGUCCAGGCUCCCGCUCAGGAACAGGGAAGGAGAAGGUUGGGGAGAGCUGAGGGGGCACUUUUUAGCAUUCCUUUUCUGUCCUGCCCCUCUGGUUGCCUGUGAGUGGAAAGGGGGUACACAGCAGGGGAAGACAGACUUUGGCAAAGAGGACGUGAAGGAUGGGAGUGCUCGGGCACAGACAGGCGGGAAGUAGGAUGCCCCUGCCAGUCCCUCUGUUGUUUGCAUUCAAGCCCAGAGUGCAUCUCUUCCCACCUUAGGGGACUGCAAAAGGGAACCUUGGACUCACUUAGCUCCUGUUGCUAAAACAGCCCUGAGUUCAAGUCUAGCCUUAGUGUAGCUGAGGCCAAAAUGCCAGGUGUCCUGGCCUCCUGUGGGGAACACCUCCGUCAGCAAGCAGAGGGCUCCAGGAGUCCCUGGCAACCCUGCCCCCUUUCCUGUCCUACCCUGGGGCUAGCCAGAUGAGUCUGUCUUCAUGGAAAGAAAGGGCAGGACCAGCUCCUGAGCCGUGACCAGCCAGCUGGGGGGACUGCCGUGGCCUGCAGAGCUGUCUCCAGCAGCGACACUAGGGGAGCCCCUUCCUACCCCUUUCUAUCCUCAGGCAACCCCACUUCCUGGCUUUUAACUCUUGAGCCUGCCUGGGAUCCGGUGGGGUAGGUUGCUACAUUAUAGGAUGUUUUUCAAAGAUAACCUCUUUUGGAAAAGUGAACAAUGAAAACCUCAUUUGGAAAACAGACAAAAAAACUUGUAGGGAUUUCCCUCCCCGCCAAAUACAAAGUCCCAGUGGCACGGAAAUGGGGCACCUGUACUCCACCAGGUUCCUAACUUCCUCCAUUACUCUUUGUGUCUCAAGCACUUUGACCCAUUUUUUAACACAUUCAGGUGGUGAGGCCUGUCACAGAGGCGAGCGCUGUUUGGGUUGGGGAAGGACCCCUGUUCUCCGCCUCUGCUAACCUCCCCAGGACCCUACUAGCUGGUCAGGAUGCGGGAG